UACUACGGCAGUCGAGUAUAGCCUUCUACGCAUUGAGCACGCCCCGCCACACUCCCAAUAUGACGCUCUGACGCGAAUUCAUUUACGACAAUUUUAAAUGUUACAAACGCCCAUAAAAAAUAUCGGCCAGAAAUAAGUGCGUGUGACGCGUUCCUUAUUUGAAUUUGAUUGUUUUUUUUUUCUUUAUUUUCCAAACGGACUGUGAUAAUGGGUUUGAAAUCCGAAGAUGACAAACGGCCCAGCAAAUUGGCGAUCAUGGAUGACAUUUCGGAUUCGCCACGUGGCCUGGGCACACGGCAUUGGGUAACAUUCAUGCUGUUUCUGGGCAUGGCAAAUGCGUAUAUCAUGAGAACGAACAUGUCCGUCGCGAUCGUAGCGAUGGUGAACCACACCGCGCUGCCGGUGGACAAGGAGGCAAUGGAUACUGAGUGCGGGGCUGUUGAUGGCAAUUCUACUAAGGAGGUGUUAACUCAAGAUGGCCAAUUUGUUUGGAGUUCCACCCUCCAGGGCUAUAUUCUUUCAUCAUUCUUCUAUGGAUAUGUUAUUACUCAAAUCCCCUUCGGUAUCCUGUCCAAGAGGUUCGGAGCCCGUCUGUUCCUCGGUGUAGGAAUGUUGAUCAACUCCGUUUUCGGUCUGCUGGUCCCAGUAGCGGCUGAGGCUGGUUACCCUUGGCUUAUUCUGGUCAGAUUUAUCCAGGGAUUGGGAGAGGGACCCAUAGUCCCGUGUUCACACGCGAUGCUAGCAAAAUGGAUUCCACCCAACGAAAGAAGUCGGAUGGGAGCAGCUGUAUAUGCCGGUGCCCAAUUCGGGACGGUUAUCUCGAUGCCGCUAUCGGGCCUGCUCUCCGCGUACGGUUUCGCCGGCGGCUGGCCGUCCAUCUUCUACGUGUUCGGGCUGAUCGGCACCGUGUGGUGUAUCGCGUUCCUGCUCUUUGUGUCCGAAGACCCGGAACAGUGUCCCAGCAUCAAGGAGGCGGAGAAGAAGUAUAUAUUGAACUCGUUGUGGGGCGCGGCUGGGUCUAGCUCACCACCAAUCCCGUGGCGCAAGAUCCUGAUGUCAAUGCCGUUCUGGGCGAUCAUGCUGGCGCACAUGGGACAGAACUACGGCUACGAGACGCUGAUGACAGAAUUGCCGACAUUCAUGCGUCAAGUGCUGCACUUCUCUAUCAAGGAUAAUGGUUUCGUGUCAGCCCUCCCGUAUCUGUGCAUGUGGUUGUUCUCAAUGUUCAUCUCUGUGGUGGCCGACUGGAUGCUGUCCAGUGGCAGAUUCAACCACACCCAAGUCAGAAAGAUCAUUAACAGUAUUGGUGAAUACGGUCCAGCAAUUGGUUUAUUCAUCGCAGCGAACACGGGCUGUAAUCCCGCGGCUACUGUGGCCAUACUUGCUGUAGGCGUGGGUCUCAACGGCGGUAUUUACUCGGGUUUCAAGGUGAACCAUUUGGAUAUAUCGCCUCGUUUCGCUGGAAUUCUGAUGGCAUUCACCAACUGCCUCGCCAACUUGACCGGUUUACUGGCUCCCAUCGUCGCUGGAUAUAUAAUUGAAGGAAAGCCGACACAAGCACAAUGGAGGAAAGUAUUCUAUAUCGCUGGCGGAAUUUACAUAUUCUGUGCGACAUUCUACAAUCUGUUCGGUUCAGGAAGGCGGCAGGACUGGGACAACCCCGCCGACGACGAAGCGAACGCUAAGAAAGCCGCAGAUAAAAAAGCAAAGAAGAAUGCCGCCAAAAAUGAGAACACAGCGGAGACCGCGCAAUAGAUUAUAGCAGCUUGGCGGGCUUGAGAGAUUGACAGAAAACAAUGACAGUUGCCAGCUGUCAAAUAAUCGGAGGGAAACUUUUAUUUAUUUUUUAUUUAUCUGAAGAUGACAUUUUUCUUUGCAGGUUGGCUUCUAAAUAAAAAUAUAAUAAUCGCGUCUCUCACGUUCGCCUUAAGCUGAUAGUGAUACGAGUUGCAAAGUUUUAGAGCUUUUAGGUGAGACUGUUAGCUAAUUAUUUCCAUUUCUUCUUCUCCUUCUUUCAAGUGUAACGUCUAUUUACGAUAGUGCUCUCUCGCUCCACCAUAUCUAUAUAAUACGGUAGAAUGAGAGAACAUGCUUUUUCUGUACUAUGAAUUUCAGUUUUGUUAGCUAGAAGGCUAACAUUUUUUACUUAAGAGCAUUUAAAUCAAAAGUAUUCUGUACUGUUUGAAUAUUUCAGAAAAAUCACACGUUACAUUUGUUCUAUGCAUACAGUCUAUACCUGGUCAAUGUGUUUUGUACACAAAAUACAUAAAAGACGCACAUCAUUGGGGCUGUGAUAUCUUGAGUAGUUCUUUGGACUCGUAUCAUUUUUAUUUAUUAAAUUAAUUAAGUAUUUAUAUGUAAAAGUAUUAUAACGCUUGAGUGUAGAUGAAUGCGAGGUGUGUGUUAAUAAAAAUGAACUUUUGCUUGAUACAUAACUAUGUAGUCAAAGCUUUGGGCCAAUAUUAUAUAUCAUAGAAAAUUAGUCUAUGACAUCGUGAAUAAAAAACAUUUAAAUCUACAAUGGUUACAUUAAUGAAAGACCUCUUAAAUUACUUUGUACUGUAUGUCAUAAACUAUAAGAUGAUUUAUAAUAUGAGUCGAAAAGUUCAUUUAAAAUUAACACAAUUAUUUGUUAAGUAAGUGACAAUGGGUCCAACUGUUUUAAUGUUACCGUCCAAGCCAGUGAAUUUUCAGAACCCCUGCACUAAUGAAUUUAAAGAUCAAUAUGAAAUAUUAUACGGACUAUAAAAAAACAGUGUGGAUUUUGAUACAUAAAUAUGCAGUUACUCGAAUACAAUAAUUUUGAGAAUCACUAGUUCUGACUAAUUUAAUAGAAUUUUUUUUGGGUAAUUAUUCUUUAAACGAUUUUUCGAAUUAUUUUACCCUGCCUAAUAUAAUGAAGCCAUGUUUUGUCUUGCAUGAAGUUACUGGCGUCAAUAAUUUUGAAAAAAUUACAUUAAUUUGAGAUCUCGUGUUGCUUCAUGCCACACUCCAAACUACUAAAUUCAAUUUUCGAAUUACAAACCAUAUAGUCUGUGCUCUUGAGUUAGUGCCAAACGGUAAUUACCUAUAAUUUGAAUUUAUUUUAAAUGUUUAGUAUUCGCUUUAAGCAAAUGUUAAUGCGUUAGAUAUGCAGAUAUUAAUAUAAGAUGUAAAUUAUU